GCUUCGCUCACUAGACAUCCUUAUCGCCACAUAUAACCUCUUCACCUUUCCAACGAGUGCUGCCAUAUCCAAACCCCAACAUAAUAUUCAAUCAAUUCAAGUAGAUUGUAAAUUCACCAGUUUUCUCCUUGUAGUGUAAGCAAGGACUCGAAUCGAACAACUGUCGGUCAACAGCCUUAUCCAAUAUUGCGAUGGAGAGCUUUGAGAACUAUUCGAAACCUACCCAGGAGCAGUUUCCCUGCGACCACAAGAUUUUCUGGGAGCACGAGAUUUUUUUGGCCCGCGAUACUUUUGAUGCCUCUAUGGUCCCUGAUCCCGAGUUCGAGAAAGCCAGUGCCUCCCUCGACGUUAACGCUGACGUGGGACUCUUGGGCAAUAAUUAUAAAAUAUCGAUAUUAGUCGAAGAACCGUCCCAGAAGACAGAAUCAACCACCACCACCAACAAGGGUCAGGUGGGGGGGGGAAAGGGGGAGCCACUGCUACUGCAGAGUAUCAACAAGAUUUGGAGACGCUUUGGAAGGAAAAGGUUCGCCAAGGCGCUUUCCGUCUUGCCCUUUGAUCUGGUCCCGUUGCCUAGCAAUCCUGAGGAGCUCAAUGAACUGCUCCGGGCUGACUAUGAGUGGGCUAUAGAGUAUGCCUCGAUCAUGGGCUACAGAUCGACAGAUACAUUAAACGAAGUAGAUGGCGAGCCUCCACGAAGAGUGCAUAAUACGAGAAAGCUACAUGUCGGCGUGGAUUUCGACGUAAGAACCGCUCAUCAAAGACCGAUAGAACGUUCGUUCCUGCCCGUACUCAUAGGAGGCAAGCGUAUCGAUGGAUUGCCUGAUACAAAUGCGACCCGCAAUGCAAUGACAGAGCAACUGGCAAAGACACUGGGAGCACGGAUCGACCGAUCCGCCGCUUGCUAAUGUGUGUUCACGAACGCCCUAGGGGUGCAGUCAAAGUCAGUCGGGGAGACGUCUCUACGAGUCUCAUUCCCCGACGAUCCU